AUGGAGUUGAGUUCGAGCGAAAAGUUCUCCUUGGUCGCCGUCGUCUACCUCGCCUUCUUGCUCGACAACGUUCUGCUCACCGUUGUUGUUCCAAUCAUCCCCGACUUUUUGUACUCGAUCGACUCCGUCGGCGGCCACGUGUUGUUACCGAGCGAUGCCGAAAACUCCAAAGUGGCCCUUUUGCUUUCCUCCAAAGCGCUGGUUCAACUUUUCGCCAACCCUGCUUUGGGCUUCCUGAUAACCCGAAUUGGCUACCAACUACCUCUUCUGCUCGGCACCAUCAUGCUGUUUCUAGUCUCCUUAGUUUUUGCUGUGGCUGAUGAUUAUUUUUGGCUGUUUACUGCAAGAAGUCUGCACGGCCUCGCCUCAGCCAGUAUUGCCGUUGCGGGAAUGUGUGGGAUUGCCGAGUCUUUUUCCGAGGAGAAGGAACGAAGCAAAAUGAUGGGUCUGGUGUUGGGCAGCAUGGCAUUAGGGGUGCUUUUGGGCUACCCCCUCGGCGCCGUUUUGUACGAUCUGCUGUCCAGAAAGUCAGCCCCUUUUCUCCUAGUCGCUUUUCUCUCCGUCGUUUGCAUAAUAUGUCAAUGCAGACGUCUGGAUUUGUCAGUCGAUAGCUUAAAGCUUGCCUGUUCCGAACUUUGUCUCCAAAUACGGACAGGCUACGACGACGAUGAAGACGAAAAUGAGUCAGGAAUUAUGCAAAUGCUCAGCCAAAAAUGCAUUUUGUUGUCGGCUGGUUCGAUUCUCAUCAGCACCUCAGCCAUGGCAGUCCUCGAGCCCUGUUUGCCUCUCUGGCUCAUGGAAACCAUCAAACCAAAAAAGUGGCAGCUGGGGACGGUGUUUAUCCCGGACAGUUUGGGUUACUUGAUCGGCACGAAUUUCUUCGGUUCACUCGCAUAUAAAUUCGGAUACGGAUUUUUAGCCCUGGCCGCGAUGUUCCUCGUCGGCGUGUGCGCCUUUUUGGUGUCGUUCGCCAAAACCGUGCUGGAGCUGACGAUUCCUCAUUUCGGGCUCGGUCUUGGAAUCGGUGUCGUGGACGCAACCAUGGUGCCCUUGAUGGCCCAGUUCGUUGACCUUUCGACCUCUUCCAAGGCCCAGUACGGACCAGUGUACGCCCUUCAACAAGGCGCCGUCUGCCUUGCUUACUUUUUUGGACCGAUUGUUGGAAGUCUGGGAGUUAACUCGGUUGGCUUUCCAGUGCUGAUGGGAUUGAUUGGCACGGCCAAUUUGUGCUACUGCGUAUUUCUGCCACAACUAGGAAUGUCUGAGAGCACAGCAAAGUACCAAAGACAGGUGCUGAAUUAG